AUGUGGAAAAGAUCGCUUAAGAAAAGUGAGCAGAUGAGGGAAGCGUUGGAACCUGAAAAGCAAGUUCGGAAGCUUGUUCUUGAGAUCAUCCAUAGAAUUCCAACAAAUGAGCAUUUGCGUUCUCACACAAAGAAUAUUCUAUCUCUGAUGUUUCGAUUUUUAGAGGUUGAGAAUGAAGAGAAUGUGCUAAUAUGUCUGCGGAUCAUCAUUGAAUUACAUAAACAGUUCAGACCACCGAUUACACAAGAAAUUCACCACUUUCUUGAUUUUGUGAAACAGAUUUACAAAGACCUCAUUAAAGUUGUGACCCGAUACUUUGAGAGCCCCCAGGUGAUCCCGGAGAACACUAUUCCUUCCCCAGAGAUGGUUGGCAUGGUCACUCAGGUUGUAGUUAAAACCAAUCCAGAGCGAGGGGACAGUGAAUCAAGAACUCAUACGAUAAUUCCCAGAGGCUCCCUCUCACUGAAGGUGUUGGCUGAACUCCCGAUUAUUGUUGUAUUAAUGUAUCAGCUGUACAAACAGAACAUACACAGCAUUGUAGGUGAUUUUGUGCCCUUGAUAAUGAGCACGAUCAUGCUUCAGGUUACACUUCAAGCAAGGCAAAAUAAACUUUACAACAAAGAACUGUAUGCUGACUUCAUUGCUGCCCAGAUAAAAACACUGUCCUUUCUUGCCUAUAUCAUAAGAAUCUAUCAGGAGUCGGUUGGAAAAUAUUCACAGCAGAUGGUAAAAGGAAUGUUACAACUGUUGACGAACUGUCCUUCAGAAACUGCUCAUCUACGAAAGGAAUUGUUAAUUGCAGCCAAGCAUAUUCUGACCACAGAUCUUCGGAAUCAAUUCAUUCCAUGCAUGGAUAAACUUUUUGAUGAAUCUGUACUAAUUGGCUCAGGAUACACAGCUCGGGAAACGCUGAGACCUCUGGCCUACAGCACUUUAGCUGAUCUUGUGCACCAUGUCCGCCAGCAUCUACCUCUGAACGACUUGGCUCUUGCUGUCCAGCUGUUUGCAAAGAAUAUAGAUGAUGAAUCGUUACCCAGCAGUAUCCAAACUAUGUCUUGCAAACUUCUCCUAAACCUUGUCGAUUGCAUUCGUUCCAAGAGUGAGCAGGAGAACGGAAAUGGCAGGGAUAUUCUCAUGAGGAUGCUGGAGGUAUUCGUGUUAAAAUUUCACACCAUUUCCCGGUACCAACUCUCCACUAUUUUUAAGAAAUGCAAACCUCAGUCUGAACUGACAGCCACAGAAGUCCCUAUUGCAGCAGCCCAAGCUACACCCACAACAUCUGCUCCUCCUCCCACCCCAGCCACACCAACCCUUCCUGCACCAGUACUGGAGAAACAUGUGGAUAAAGAUAAAGAGGAGAAACAGACGUUCCAAGUGUCAGACUGCCGCAGUUUGGUGAAGACCCUGGUUUGUGGUGUAAAGACAAUUACAUGGGGCAUAACAUCAUGCAAAGCACCUGGAGAGGCAUCUUUUAUUCCAAAUAAGCAGUUGCAACCCAAAGAAACACAAAUUUACAUCAAGCUAGUUAAAUACGCAAUGCAGGCCCUGGAUAUUUAUCAGGUUCAAAUAGCUGGGAAUGGGCAAACGUACAUUCGAGUAGCAAAUUGCCAGACAGUGAGGAUGAAGGAAGAGAAGGAAGUUUUGGAACAUUUUGCUGGUGUAUUUACUAUGAUGAAUCCCUUGACAUUCAAAGAGAUAUUUCAAACAACUGUGCCAUACAUGGUUGAAAGGAUCUCGAAGAACUAUGCUCUUCAGAUUGUAGCCAACUCAUUUUUGGCAAACCCUUCUACCUCGGCUCUGUUUGCGACAAUUCUCGUGGAAUAUCUUUUGGACCGACUUCCAGAAAUGGGCUCCAAUGUGGAACUCUCCAAUCUUUAUCUCAAGCUGUUCAAGUUGGUGUUUGGCUCCGUCUCUCUUUUCGCAGCGGAAAAUGAACAGAUGUUGAAGCCUCAUCUGCACAAGAUUGUGAACAGUUCAAUGGAGCUUGCACAAACAGCGAAAGAGCCAUACAACUACUUCUUGUUGCUUCGAGCUCUUUUCAGAUCCAUUGGUGGUGGCAGCCAUGAUCUCCUCUAUCAGGAAUUUCUACCAUUAUUGCCCAAUUUACUGCAGGGAUUGAACAUGCUUCAGAGCGGUCUGCAUAAACAGCAUAUGAAAGAUCUCUUUGUAGAGCUGUGUUUAACAGUACCUGUCCGACUUAGCUCACUUUUACCUUACUUGCCAAUGCUGAUGGACCCAUUAGUGUCUGCUCUUAAUGGUUCCCAGACUCUGGUCAGCCAAGGCUUACGGACGCUAGAGCUAUGUGUUGAUAACCUACAACCAGACUUUUUAUACGACCACAUUCAGCCAGUACGUGCAGAGCUUAUGCAGGCGUUGUGGCGUACCUUACGAAAUCCUGCAGACAGUAUUUCCCAUGUGGCUUACCGUGUCCUAGGAAAAUUUGGAGGCAGUAACCGGAAGAUGCUAAAGGAAUCCCAGAAACUACAGUAUGUUAUCACAGAGGUCCAAGGACCCAGUAUUACAGCAGAGUUUUCAGACUGCAAAGCAUCUAUUCAACUUCCCAUGGAAAAGGCUAUUGAGACUGCCUUGGAUUGUCUGAAGAGUGCAAACACUGAACCAUAUUACCGUAGGCAGGCCUGGGAAGUGAUCAAAUGUUUCUUGGUGGCAAUGAUGAGCCUGGAUGACAACAAACAUUCACUGUACCAACUACUUGCCCAUCCAAACUUUACAGAGAAGGCAAUACCAAAUGUAAUUAUAUCCCAUCGUUAUAAAGCACAAGAUACGCCUGCUCGCAAAACAUUUGAACAGGCUUUGACGGGAGCAUUUAUGUCAGCUGUCAUUAAAGAUCUACGGCCCAGCGCCUUGCCAUUUGUGGCCAGCUUAAUCCGUCACUAUACUAUGGUGGCUGUAGCUCAACAGUGUGGCCCGUUCUUGCUGCAGUGUUAUCAAGUUGGCAGCCAGCCCAGCACAGCCAUGUUCCACAGUGAAGAGAAUGGAUCAAAAGGAAUGGACCCACUAGUUCUUAUAGAUGCCAUUGCUAUCUGCAUGGCUUAUGAGGAGAAGGAGCUGUGUAAGAUAGGCGAGGUGGCACUUGCUGUCAUCUUUGAUGUAGCAAGUAUCAUUUUAGGAUCAAAAGAACGGGCUUGUCAGUUACCAUUAUUUUCUUACAUUGUGGAACGUCUCUGUGCCUGCUGUUACGAGCAAGCUUGGUACGCCAAGCUAGGAGGUGUGGUGUCCAUUAAAUUCUUAAUGGAAAGACUUCCUUUGAUCUGGGUCCUUCAGAACCAGCAGACAUUUCUCAAGGCUCUCCUUUUUGUCAUGAUGGAUCUCACUGGAGAGGUUUCCAAUGGAGCUGUUGCAAUGGCAAAAACCACCUUAGAACAGCUGUUAGUUCGCUGUGCAACUCCCUUAAAGGACGAAGAAAAAACUGAAGAGCUUCUUGCAGCUCAAGAAAAGUCAUUCCACCAUGUAACUCACGACUUGGUUCGUGAAGUGACAUCCCCAAACUCCACUGUGCGGAAGCAGGCUAUGCAUUCUUUGCAAGUGCUUGCUCAAGUAACUGGAAAAAGUGUUACUGAAAUCAUGGAGCCCCAUAAGGAGGUCCUUCAAGAUAUGGUUCCACCUAAAAAGCACUUGCUGCGACACCAACCUGCAAAUGCUCAGAUUGGAUUGAUGGAAGGAAAUACUUUCUGCACAACCUUGCAGCCAAGGCUCUUCACUAUGGAUCUCAAUGUUGUGGAGCACAAAGUCUUUUAUACAGAGUUAUUAAAUCUGUGUGAGGCAGAAGAUGUCGCACUUAUGAAGCUGCCAUGCUACAAAAGCCUACCUUCACUUGUGCCAUUACGCAUUGCUGCCCUAAAUGCGCUAGCUGCCUGCAAUUAUUUGCCUCAGUCACGAGAAAAAAUAAUUGCAGCACUUUUCAAGGCUCUAAACUCUACUAAUAAUGAAUUGCAGGAGGCAGGAGAAGCUUGCAUGAGGAAGUUUUUGGAAGGAGCUACUAUUGAAGUGGAUCAAAUCCACACCCACAUGCGACCCCUGCUGAUGAUGUUAGGUGACUAUCGCAGCCUGACGUUAAAUGUUGUGAAUCGCUUGACUUCUGUCACAAGGCUGUUCCCCAACUCCUUUAAUGAUAAAUUCUGUGAUCAAAUGAUGCAACACUUGCGUAAGUGGAUGGAGGUGGUGGUUCUCACUCACAAAGGAGGACAAAGAAGUGAUGGAAAUGAAAUGAAAAUCUGUUCGGCCAUCAUUAAUCUGUUUCACUUAAUCCCGGCUGCACCUCAAACCCUGGUGAAACCCCUAUUGGAAGUGGUGAUGAAAACUGAAAGGGCCAUGCUUAUUGAGGCUGGAAGUCCAUUCCGUGAGCCUCUGAUUAAGUUUUUAACUCGUUACCCAGCACAGACUGUCGAACUUUUUAUGAUGGAAGCCACUUUGAAUGAUCCUCAAUGGAGCAGAAUGUUCAUGAGUUUUUUAAAACAUAAGGAUGCAAAACCCCUGCGUGAUGUUCUUGCUGCAACUCCAGGUCGUUUUGUCAACCUGCUGUUUCCUGGAGCCCAAGCAGCAGUCAGGCCUGGGUCUCCCAGCACCAGCACCAUCCGAUUAGAUCUACAGUUUCAAGCAAUCAAGAUUAUCAGCAUAAUUGUGAAGAAUGAUGGGAAUUGGCUGUCAGGUCAGCAGCAGUUGGUGAGCCACUUAAGGCGGGUCUGGGUGAGUGACGCCUUCCAGGAACGGCAUCGUAAGGAAAACAUGGUCGCUACCCAUUGGAAAGAGCCAAAACUGCUAGCAUUCUGCCUACUCAAUUACUGCAAGCGCAAUUUUGCGGAGAUCGAGCUGCUGUUUCAACUACUACGUGCAUUCACCGGGCGAUUCCUGAGUAAUAUGACUUUCCUUAAGGAGUAUAUGGAAGAAGAGAUCCCCAAGAAUUACAGCGUGGCGCAGAAACGUGCUCUUUUCUUCCGUUUUGUGGAGUUUUACGAUCCAAACUUUGGAGAUGAGCUUAAAGCCAAGGCUCUGCAGCACAUCUUGAUCCCUGCUUUUCAGUCCAGUUUUGAUAAGGGCGAAGGGGAGCAGUUACUGGGACCUCCUAAUCCUGAAGGAGAUAAUGCAGAAAGCAUCACUAGUGUUUUUAUCACCAAGGUGCUGGACCCAGAGAAACAGGCAGACAUGCUGGAUGCUCUAAGGAUUUAUUUACUACAGUUUGCAACACUGCUUGUUGAGCACGCACCUCAUCACAUCCAUGACAAUAAUAAGAACCGAAACAGUAAACUCAGGCGCCUGAUGACAUUUGCUUGGCCUUGCUUGCUUUCCAAGACUUGUGUAGACCCAGCCUGCAAGUACAGUGGGCACUUGUUGCUUGCACACAUCAUAGCUAAAUUUGCAAUUCAUAAGAAGAUUGUCUUGCAGGUUUUCCUCAGUUUGCUUAAAGCCCAUGCGAUGGAGGCACGGUUGGUCGUCCGGCAAGCAAUGGCCAUUCUUACCCCUGCUGUCCCUGCUCGAAUGGAAGAUGGACAUCAAAUGCUGACUCAUUGGACGCGAAAAAUCAUUGUGGAGGAAGGACAUACAGUGCCUCAAUUGGUUCAUAUCCUACAUUUAAUUGUCCAACAUUUCAGGGUGUACUUUCCUGUGAGACACCACCUUGUACAGCACAUGGUUAGUGCCAUGCAACGACUUGGAUUUACUCCUAGUGUUACCAUUGAACAGAGGAAGUUAGCUGUAGAUCUGGCUGAAGUAGUGAUUAAAUGGGAGCUGCAGAGAAUCAAAGACCAACAGCCAGAGUCCGAACCAGAGGUCAAUAAUGGUGGGGAGGGAACCAGUGCAACCAAUGGUGGAGUAAAACGAGGGUUAUCAAUAGAUUCAGCUCAGGAUCGCUUUAGAACAGCCACUGGAACGGCAUUUGGGCGUAGCCAAUCCUUGCCGGGAGCUGAUCAUCUGCUUUCUAAACCUAUUGAUAAGCAACACACUGACACCGUGGUGAAUUUCCUCAUCAGAAUAGCUUGUCAGGUGAAUGACUCCUCAAAUACAGCAGGGUCUCCAGGUGAAAUGCUAUCCCGACGCUGUGUUAGCCUUCUGAAGACAGCACUUCGUCCUGACAUGUGGCCCAAAGCAGAGCUAAAACUCCAGUGGUUCGACAAGUUACUAAUGACGGUGGAACAACCCAAUCAGGCAAACAUGGCAAACAUUUGCACUGGACUAGAGGUGCUAAGUUUUUUGCUGACAGUCCUCCAGUCCCCAGCCAUUCUUAGCAGUUUCAAACCUUUACAACGCGGAAUAGCAGCUUGCAUGACUUGUGGCAACACCAAGGUCCUGAGGGCUGUGCACACACUGCUGUCCCGCUUAAUGAGCAUCUUCCCAACAGAACCAAGUACAUCAAGCGUGGCUUCUAAGUACGAAGAGCUGGAGUGCCUUUAUGCCGCAGUUGGAAAAGUGAUUUAUGAAGGUCUCACAAAUUAUGAAAAGGCAACGAAUGCUAAUCCCAAUCAGUUGUUUGGUACACUUAUGAUCCUGAAGUCUGCCUGCAGCAACAAUCCCAGCUACAUUGACCGCCUCAUCUCUGUCUUCAUGCGUUCCUUACAGAAAAUGGUGAGAGAUCAUCUGAAUCCACAGGCAUCACCAGGAGCAUCUGAAACAAGUACAGUCACUGUGGAGCUGAUCAUGUUGAGUCUGGAUCUUGUGAAAACACGACUUGCUGUGAUGAGCAUGGAAAUGAGGAAGAACUUCAUUCAGGUUAUCUUGACUUCUCUCAUUGAGAAGUCACCAGAUGCCAAGAUUCUUAGAGCUGUGGUAAAAAUAGUAGAAGAAUGGGUGAAGAAUAAUUCCCCAAUGGCAGUAAAUCAGACACCUACACUGAGGGAGAAGUCAAUUUUGCUGGUUAAAAUGAUGACCUACAUUGAAAAACGGUUUCCAGAUGACCUUGAAUUAAAUGCCCAAUUCUUGGACCUCGUUAACUAUGUCUAUAGGGAUGAAAACCUCUCGGGCAGUGAGCUUACUGCUAAACUGGAACCGGCCUUCCUAGCAGGCUUAAGGUGUUGUCAGCCUCACAUUCGUGCCAAAUUUUUUGAAGUGUUUGAUAACUCCAUGAGGCGGCGUGUCUAUGAUCGUCUGUUGUAUAUCACUUGCUCCCAAAACUGGGAAGCCAUGGGUAACCACUUCUGGAUUAAACAGUGCAUUGAGUUACUUCUUGCGGUGUGUGAAAAGAAUACUACCAUUGGUACCAAUUGUCAGGGUGCCAUGCUCCCCUCUAUCACUAAUGUCAUCAAUCUGGCUGAUAGUCAUGACCGAGCAGCCUUCGCCAUGGUAACCCACGUCAAGCAGGAGCCAAGAGAAAGAGAGAACAGUGAGAGCAAGGAAGAGGAUGUGGAGAUUGAUAUUGAGCUUGCACCAGGGGAUCAGAGCAGCACCCCGAAAACCAAGGAGCAAUCAGAAAAGGAUGCCGGCAACCAGUUACACAUGCUUACAAACAGGCACGAUAAGUUCUUGGAUUCCCUGAGAGAAGUAAAGACUGGGGCAUUGCUGAGUGCAUAUGUUCAGUUAUGCCACAUUAGUACACCAUUAGCAGAAAAGACGUGGAUCCAGCUCUUUCCCAGGCUGUGGAAGAUACUAUCUGAUAGGCAGCAGCAUGCUCUGGCAGGAGAGAUAAGCCCUUUCCUCUGCAGUGGUAGUCAUCAGGUCCAGCGAGAUUGCCAGCCAAGUGCUCUGAAUUGCUUUGUUGAAGCUAUGUCGCAAUGUGUCCCUCACAUUUCAAUUAGACCUUGUGUACUGAAGUAUCUGGGCAAGACACACAACCUGUGGUUUCGUUCCACGCUAAUGUUAGAGCAUCAGGCAUUUGAAAAGGGCUUAAGUCUUCAGAUUAAACCACGACAGACCUCUGAAUUCUAUGAACAGGAAAGCAUCACUCCACCUCCGCAGGAGAUUCUAGAUUCACUGGCUGAACUGUACUGCUUACUGCAAGAGGAAGAUAUGUGGGCUGGCCUAUGGCAAAAGCGUUGCAAGUUUCCAGAAACUGCGACUGCAAUUGCCUACGAACAGCAUGGCUUCUUUGAACAGGCACAAGAAACGUAUGAAAAAGCCAUGGAUAAAGCGAGGAAAGAGAAUGAAAGAAACAAUGCAUCACCUGCCAUAUUUCCGGAGUAUCAACUAUGGGAAGAUCAUUGGAAUCGCUGCUCAAAGGAGCUAAAUCAAUGGGAAGCACUGACAGAAUAUGGUCAGUCCAAGGGCCAUGUUAAUCCGUAUUUGGUGUUAGAAUGUGCUUGGAGGGUUUCAAAUUGGGCAGCUAUGAAAGAAGCACUGGUGCAGGUGGAGCUAAGUUGUCCAAAGGAGAUGGCGUGGAAGGUUAACAUGUACCGUGGUUAUCUGGCAAUCUGUCACCCAGAAGAACAACAGCUUAACUUAAUUGAACGUCUUGUGGAGAUGGCCAGUAGUCUAGCUAUUCGGGAAUGGCGUCGACUCCCACAUAUAGUGUCACAUGUUCAUACGCCUUUGCUUCAGGCAGCCCAGCAAAUUAUUGAACUACAGGAAGCAGCUCAAAUAAAUGCAGGUUUGCAGCCAGCAAAUUUGGGGAGAAACACGAGUCUGCACGACAUGAAAACAGUUGUGAAGACCUGGAGGAACCGCCUGCCCAUUGUAUCCGAUGAUCUCUCUCACUGGAGCAGCAUUUUCAUGUGGAGGCAGCAUCACUACCAAGUGGGACGGACUACAGCUGAUUUUACAAAACUGAAAGCAGCAAUUGUGGCAGCCUAUGAAAACAGUUCUCAGCAUGACCCCAACUCAAAUAAUGCAAUGUUGGGCGUUCACGCAUCUGCUUCAGCCAUUAUCCAGUAUGGGAAGAUUGCCCGUAAGCAGGGCCUGGUGAAUGUGGCAUUAGAUAUACUCAGCCGUAUCCAUACUAUUCCAACUGUGCCCAUUGUGGACUGUUUUCAGAAGAUUCGCCAACAAGUAAAGUGUUACCUACAGCAGGCUGGAGUUAUGGGAAAGAACGAAUGCAUGCAGGGUUUGGAGGUUAUUGAAUCUACAAAUCUGAAGUACUUCACAAAGGAGAUGACAGCUGAAUUCUAUGCACUCAAAGGGAUGUUCCUUGCUCAGAUUAAUAAAUCUGAAGAAGCAAACAAAGCCUUUUCUGCAGCUGUUCAGAUGCAUGACGUGCUUGUAAAAGCCUGGGCAAUGUGGGGUGACUAUCUGGAGAACAUUUUUGUCAAAGAAAGACAGCUUCACCUUGGUGUAUCUGCCAUUACCUGCUACCUGCAUGCAUGUCGCCAUCAGAAUGAGAGUAAAUCAAGGAAGUAUUUGGCAAAGGUUCUUUGGCUACUGAGUUUUGAUGACGAAAAGAACACCCUAGCGGAUGCAGUCGACAAGUAUUGCAUUGGUGUCCCACCCAUUCAGUGGCUCGCUUGGAUCCCACAGCUGUUGACCUGCUUGGUUGGCUCAGAGGGCAAACUCCUUCUCAACCUCAUCAGUCAGGUUGGAAGAGUAUAUCCUCAAGCUGUCUAUUUCCCAAUCAGGACACUCUAUUUGACAUUGAAAAUUGAGCAACGAGAACGCUACAAAAGUGACUCUGGCCAGCAGCAGCCAGGUUCAGUCGGUGCACAGUCACACUCUGCUUCAGAUCCUGGGCCAAUACGAGCCACGGCACCCAUGUGGCGCUGCAGUCGAAUAAUGCACAUGCAGCGGGAAUUGCACCCAACGCUGCUCUCCUCCUUGGAAGGCAUCGUAGAUCAAAUGGUGUGGUUCCGUGAAAACUGGCACGAAGAGCUACAGGUGCUGAGACAGCUGCAACAAGGUUUGGCAAAGUGUUAUUCUGUGGCCUUUGAGAAGAGCGGGGCAGUCUCUGAUGCUAAAAUCACUCCUCACACGUUAAACUUUGUAAAGAAGCUCGUGAGCACUUUUGGAGUCGGCCUUGAAAAUGUCUCCAACGUAUCAACCAUGUUUUCGAGUGCAGCCUCUGAGUCUCUGGCAAGGAGAGCUCAGGCCACAGCCCAAGACCCAGUCUUUCAGAAGCUCAAGGGCCAGUUUACAACAGAUUUUGACUUCAGUGUGCCAGGCUCCAUGAAACUUCACAAUCUCAUAUCCAAGUUAAAAAAAUGGAUAAAAAUUCUGGAGGCUAAGACCAAGCAGUUGCCUAAAUUUUUCCUGAUUGAGGAAAAGUGUCGAUUUUUGAGUAACUUCUCUGCGCAGACUGCCGACGUAGAGAUCCCAGGAGAGUUCCUGAUGCCCAAGCCGACACAUUAUUAUAUUAAGAUUGCACGAUUUAUGCCUAGAGUGGAGAUUGUGCAGAAGCACAACACAGCAGCUCGAAGACUUUACAUUCGGGGCCACAAUGGCAAGAUCUACCCCUACCUGGUGAUGAACGAUGCCUGUCUAACAGAGUCUAGGCGCGAAGAACGUGUUUUACAACUGCUGAGGCUUCUGAAUCCCUGCCUGGAGAAAAGAAAGGAAACCACAAAGAGGCACUUGUUCUUCACAGUACCACGUGUUGUGGCAGUUUCUCCUCAAAUGCGGUUGGUUGAAGACAAUCCCUCUUCACUUUCUCUUGUGGAAAUUUAUAAGCAACGCUGUGCCAAAAAGGGAAUUGAGCAUGACAAUCCAAUAUCUCGCUACUAUGACCGGUUGGCUACUGUCCAAGCCAGAGGAACCCAAGCCAGCCAUCAGGUUCUACGUGACAUUCUGAAAGAAGUACAAGGCAACAUGGUGCCACGGAGCAUGCUGAAAGAAUGGGCAUUGCACACAUUCCCCAAUGCCACUGACUAUUGGACAUUUAGAAAAAUGUUCACAAUUCAGUUAGCAUUAAUUGGAUUUGCUGAGUUUGUUCUCCAUCUGAACCGCCUGAACCCAGAGAUGCUUCAAAUUGCGCAGGAUACUGGCAAGCUCAACGUAGCGUACUUCAGGUUUGAUAUCAACGAUGCCACUGGGGAUCUAGAUGCCAACCGUCCUGUGCCAUUCCGACUUACUCCAAACAUCUCGGAGUUUCUAACCACUAUUGGAGUAUCCGGACCACUUACUGCAUCAAUGAUAGCUGUUGCAAGAUGUUUUGCCCAACCAAACUUCAAGGUUGAUGGUAUUCUGAAAGCUGUGCUGCGAGAUGAAAUAAUUGCUUGGCACAAGAAGACUCAGGAGGACACCUCCUCACCGCUCUCGGCAGCCGGCCAGCCCGAAAACAUGGACAGCCAACAGCUGGUCUCUCUGGUUCAGAAAGCGGUAACCGCAAUCAUGACUCGACUGCAUAAUCUUGCCCAAUUUGAAGGCGGGGAGAGCAAAGUCAACACACUAGUAGCAGCAGCCAACAGCCUUGACAAUCUCUGUCGAAUGGAUCCUGCGUGGCACCCAUGGCUUUGAAGCAAACCUCAAACCAUACUUAGGGUAGAUCAGCAGAGACUUUGCUAUGUAUAUUUAUGAUUACAGCUUGAUCAAUUUGGGAUUCUGUAAAUUUUUAUUGGACUCUAGAGUAGUCUCCGUUUUCUGAAAGUUGUUUUCGUCUCUCCUCCGUUGGAUCACGAGUGGCUUCUUGUUUUAGAUGAAAUGAUUGAUUAAAACCCUUCUGGGGGAUACAUGAAAACAGCAAUUAUAUCUCCGGUAGCACCGUAAACACAAGUAAUAUUACUGAUUUAAAAAUUUAGCUUGUUGCUUACAGUGUACACGACACAGAGUAUAAAUGGCCUUUGGGAGCCCUCUUCAUCUAAGGUUGUUUUGUUGCAAAACCAUCAACCAUUUGAUCAGAGUAAUUAGUGCUUCAUCAAAAACAAAAGUGAGAGCAGUUUUUUCGGUGUGGAAGAAAUGGGCUGCUGGAAAUUCUAAAACAACAGCGAAACAUUGGAAGUAGGAUUAUACUCAGACAUUCCUAAUUAGUUACUACACCUUGCAUUUUAAUUGGAUACAGUAUGCUGGGCCUCUGAGUAAUUCCCAUUUUCACAUUUGUAAGGAUAUAGCGUAUAUUGCUGUUAAAAAUAAAAUCUUUGUACUUUUUCAUAUGACGUGUGAAAGUCACUACUUCAAGUAAGGAAGAAUCCUUUGUUAAUGUCUGAAACUCAUACCAGUGACAUUAUAGUAUUGACUUGGAAAGGAAUCUAAAGACUGACUGGAUGUACAAACUGAUUUAAUUUUGUUAAGUUCGGAAAAGGGAAUUGUCAUGGAUAUAUAAGGAACCGUUCUGCCUCCUGUUAAAUCUACUAACCAAAUUGCUGGUUAAUGUAAAGUGUAAAGCUGAAGGCUAUGUAAAACUGAAUUGUAUUUUAUCCUGUUUGCUCCCUGUCCUAAUUGAGACUUAUGGUGGGAGCUUUGUUGAUGAGUGUUUGGAGAGAGAAAAAAUUUGCAUCUUUUCAAAGAAGACAUGUUUUUACUGAUACAAGUCAGUUUAGUCUUGUACAUCUUAGUAAAAACUAUAACUUGAUACUAGUUUUUGUAAUUUAUGAACCUUUCAUUUAUACUUUUUAAAAAAGCAAUACUGAGUACUUUGCUGAGAGAAUUACUUUGGGAUUGUUCCGUCAUGUUUGAAAAAAAUUAGAUUUUGUACAGAUGUGUUUACAAAAUAAACACUUUUGUAAUAAAUAACCUUGACG